CCAUUUUUGGAACAUUUCAGGAACGAAAAUGUCUCUAAUUCGUCAAACAUUGCGAAGAGCUCCAUCGCUGCUACAGCAGUGUAAGAGGGGUGCUGCAGUUGCUAUAUCCCAAAGGAACUAUGCAGACAUGGCAUUUACGUUUGCCUCACCGUCAGAUGUGUACUACAACAGUGCCAAUGUCAAGCAGGUCGAUGUACCGUCUUUCAGUGGCAGCUUUGGCAUCCUACCUGAACACGUUCCAACUUUAGCUGUUCUCAAGCCGGGCGUUGUGUCUGUGUUUGAAGAGGAUGGAAGUGUUAAGAAAUAUUUUGUUAGCAGUGGGUCUGUGACUAUUAAUGAUGACUCGUCAGUACAGGUGUUAGCGGAGGAGGCACAUCCUCUGGAUAGACUGGAUGCUCAGGCAAUCCGUGAAGGUCUAAGCAAGGCACAACAAGACUUGAGCUCUGCUUCAUCAGAGAAGGCCAAAGCUGAGGCUGAGAUCGCGUUGGAAUGCUACGAAUCUUUACAGAAAGCACUAGAAUAACUAAGACAGUAUUUAGGUGUGUUCUUUCAUGUGUGAUCCCAUCUGUAAUCCACGAGUGCUUCUACGUUAUCCACUCACGGGCAUCCCAGCUGUAGGCUCAGGAAACAAACAGUACAUUACACAAGGUGGGCAAAAAUGUACCUGAUCCACUUUAGGACUACAGUUUGAUGAGUCUCUUUCAUAAUUAUUGUUUGAAAAUCUAAAAUAAAAGUAUGUAUUCAGA